GAUUAGCGCAGGGUGAAGCCCACUAUUCGGCAAAUUGAUCACGUGUGAGUUCGUUAAAUAGUCACGCUUCGAUGCUUUCUUGGUUUAGUUGGGCUUAAGUCGUUCAGGGAUUAGGACUUACAGUGUUGUUGACACAAUGUUGACCAUCGGUUUGGUGAUAGCUCUGCUGUGUUCAAGUGAAAUUGGUGCGAAUCCUAACGUUACGGAGACCAAAUCGGAUGCGGAGUUCAGCAUAGACGAAGUGUCCCAGUUGAAUCGUCAGUUUUUGGAGUUCCUCAUAGAGUACGAUGCGUCGGAAGUGGUGGAAAGUGAUGAUCUAAGAUGUGUCAGAGCGUUUCAACAGCUAUCGAAGGCAUACCUGAAUCGGGAACGACACGGCUUGGAGUGGUUCGACUCGUGGGGCAAGAUACCCUCUGGGCUGUACUACGAGAAUGGUUACGCGCUGGGGAACUACGAGCAGUGCCGUCGCUACCGCUGGCAGGAAGUUCGAGGUCAGCACUGCACCCUGGCGGUUGUUCUACCCGGUGAGCUGCCGGUUUUCUUCUCCGGAAUGUGUGUACCGCAGCAUUGUUCGCAGCAGUUUCUGACCCAGGUGUACGGAGCGUACAUGCUGGGAAAGGGAGCGUUCGUGUUACCGAUGGAUGUCAACCUGUGCAAUCAAGACCGGGAUGUGGAGUUCAACGGAGCAGUCAUUACGGCAAUGGUUAUCUUCAUAAUCAUAGUUGUACUAGUUGUUUGCAGCACGCUGUACGAAGUAAUCCAGCUGAUUCGAGAAGAAGAAGUCAGACCACUGUUUGCCUCCUUCUCGCUGUUCAGAAAUGUACGAAGCAUUUUGCACAUUACUCCAAGGAUAACCGACCCUGCGAAAAAGAUGGAUAUGAUCGAGUGCGCCAACGGAAUUCGCGCCCUUUCGAUGGUCUGGAUCGUAGUUCUGCACGUAAUCGAAGCAACCUUCGCGAUCCCCUACUCAAAUCCCACCUCCAGGAAAGAGUGGAUGCGCAGCUUCCCCGUAUCGAUCAUGUACAACACGGGAAUCCUAGCCGUGGAUACCUUCCUGGCACUGAGCGGAAUGCUCGUCUCCUACAACAUGCUGCGAGAGUUGGACAAGCGCGGCAAGAUCAACCCGCUGAUGAUGUACCUGCGACGCUACAUACGGAUUUCGGCACCCCUUGCUCCGCUGAUCCUGCUGGUCGUAUCCUUUGGGAAGUACCUUGGUGAAGGCCCACUGUGGAGUUCGAUCGUGGGCCGGGAAGUACGGGCCUGCUCCGAGUACUGGUGGUCUGCGCUACUGUACAUCCAGAACUAUGUCAACCCUCGUUCCAUGUGCCUCCCGUGGACCUGGUAUCUCUCCGUUGACAUGCAACUGUACAUCGUCGCUCCCCUGCUCAUCUACCCUCUGUGGCGCUGGGGUAAGCGAGUCCUGCUCGCAAUCGGCUUCCUGGCCGUCCUUUCCAUCGGAUGCGUCUUCACGACGUUCCUCGUCAACGACUUCCAAAUCCAUGACGUUGGCGAUGGAAGCCGCCACAAGAUGACCUACUACCCAACGCACGCCCGAAUGUCCGUGUGGCUGCUCGGAACCAUAUUCGGGUACAUCCUACACAAGACCAAAGCCACCGGUGUAAAGCUCCCCGCGCGUUACUACACCAUCGGAUGGGCAUCCUGCUUCGCCGCCCUCGGGCUCAUCAUCUACGCCACGUACGAGAUGUUACGCACGGACUUCCACGAGUACUCCGGGGUCGCCGAUGCCUUUUACGAGGCGUUGUCCCGAUCGGUCUUUGCCAUCUGCGUAAUGUGGAUAAUCUUUGCCUGCGUCAACGGACAGGGCGGAGUGAUUGACGACAUGCUCAGCUCGAGCCUCUUCCAGCCGCUGGCGAAGCUAUCGUACACGAUGUACUUGCUGCAUCUGCUGCUUGUCAUGAUGUCGGUGGCCAACGCCAAAACGGACGUGGUGUUCAGUGUGAUGGACAUUUUCUACCGGAUAUGGGGCGCCAUUGGACUGUCCACGAGCGUAUCGCUCUUGUGGAGUGCGAUCUUUGAGGUUUCUUUCGGGACGUUGGAGCGGUGUUUGUUGAGGCGUUAGAGGAAUUUGGUUAUGGGAUGCAAUAACAAUGCAAAUAUUUUUUCUUGGAAAAUAAUUGUAUUACUUUGAACAUGUUCUACUACUAAAACAAAGCAGUCGUCGGUAAUGGGGUCCUAAAAUUAGACUCAAAUUUGUGAUAUUAUUGUUCACGACGAUAAAGCUUAUUUUUUUGAG